GCAACCGUAGAAGCCUAUCCCGUGUAUAUCACCCAUCAUAAUCAUGAUUUUCCAACGGCAACAGAGUCAUGAAAUUUAUCGGCAACUGCGGACUGCAACGCGAAGACUUGCAGAUCCCAUUCCGUACAAUCUCUUGCAAUUCGCGCGCCCCCUUCUUCCUGCGGGGAGCGCAUGCAUAGUUUUGUGGUGCCUUCAAACUCUACCUUACCGGCUUUUCCACCAGUUCUCAACACCCUCCAAAAUGGCCCUGGUCGCUCGCCCCGUUCUGUCCGCCCGCGUGGCCGCUUCUCGCCCGCGCGUGGCCGCCCGCAAGGCGGUGCGCGUGAGCGCCAAGUAUGGCGAGAACUCGCGCUACUUCGACCUGCAGGACAUGGAGAACACCACUGGCUCGUGGGACAUGUACGGUGUGGACGAGAAGAAGCGCUACCCCGACAACCAGGCCAAGUUCUUCACUCAGGCCACUGACAUCAUCAGCCGCCGCGAGUCGCUGCGCGCUCUGGUUGCUCUGAGCGGCAUUGCUGCCAUCGUGACCUACGGCCUGAAGGGCGCGAAGGACGCUGACCUGCCUAUCACCAAGGGCCCCCAGACCACCGGCGAGAACGGCAAGGGUGGCUCGGUCCGCAGCCGCCUGUAAGCGUCUCGCUGCUGGAUCUGCCUCUUCUUCUUGGGUGCUGAUGGUGGCGUUCUGGCUUGGUGCGUAAUGCAAGAGGACCAAUGUGGGCUGGUCUGACAGCGGUAUGGCUGGAGUUCUGGUGAACAUGGUCGGAUUUUGCAGUUAGCGGCGAUCGUGUGGACCUGCUUUUAACAGCAUGCCGUGGACACCAUGGGUUGGGCAAGGAAUAGGGUGUAGAGUGUGUAUCAUACAGAGCAGAAAAUCAAUUUAGGGGAGCCGGUAAUGCCUGAUGUGAGCGCACAGGCACUGCGCGUGUUGCCACGCUCACAGCUGAAACUGUCCAAGUGUUGGGCGGUGGAUGGUGGGCAUCCAGUUUUGAACUGCCGCGGGCGUCUGCCCCGGGCCUCUCGCUGUAACGGCGAGGACAU